AUGGUGCUUCAAGACCUCGGGCGGCGCAUCAAUGCCGCCGUAAAUGAUCUUACGCGGUCGAGUAAUCUGGACGAGAAGGCUUUCGAUGCUAUGUUGAAAGAGAUAGGCAAUGCCUUGAUCUCCUUGGAUGUCAAUGUCAAACUUGUUGCGACUCUACGGGCCUCAAUAAAGCGAACAGUGAACUUCAACGAUCAGAGCCCUGGCGUGAACAAGAAGCGGUUAAUACAGAAGGCCGUCUUCGACGAACUCGUUAAACUCGUGGACCCUCACGCCGAACCCUUCAAGCCUAAGAAAGGCAAAUCAAACGUCAUCAUGUUCGUCGGUCUCCAGGGUUCCGGAAAGACAACAACAUGUACAAAGCUUGCCCGCUGGUACCAGGCCCGCGGAUUCAAGGCCUGUCUCGUGUGCGCCGACACUUUCCGUGCUGGUGCUUUCGAUCAGCUCAAGCAGAACGCUACGAAGGCGAAGAUACCGUACUAUGGAUCGCAUACGCAGACGGAUCCGGUGGUAGUAGCCAGAGAGGGUGUGGAGAAAUUCAAGAAGGAGCGGUUUGAAAUCAUUAUUGUGGAUACGUCUGGACGACAUAGGCAAGAGAAGGAUCUAUUUGACGAGAUGGUGCAGAUUCAGCAGGCAGUGACUCCGGACCAGACGAUCAUGGUGCUAGAUGCGUCGAUUGGACAGGCCGCAGAGGCUCAGUCCCGCGCUUUCAAAGAGACGGCGGAUUUCGGGGCCAUUGUCAUUACGAAGACGGAUGGUGCUGCCCAGGGUGGUGGUGCGAUUUCGGCUGUUGCAGCAACACAUACUCCCAUCAUAUUCAUCGGUACCGGCGAGCACAUGCUCGAUCUAGAACGAUUCGCUCCGCAACCUUUCGUCUCGAAGCUAUUAGGAAUGGGCGAUGUGGCGGGCUUAGUCGAGCACGUGCAGAGUCUCAAGCUCGACCAAAAAGACACGAUGAAGCACAUCGCCUCCGGCGUCUUCACCGUCAAGGACCUCCGCGACCAACUAUCCAAUAUCAUGAAGAUGGGGCCAUUAUCAAAGAUGGCAGGCAUGAUCCCUGGUCUAUCAAACAUGAUGGGCGGCAUGGAUGACGAAGAAGGCGGCGCCAAGCUCAAGCGCAUGAUCUACAUCUGCGACUCCAUGACCGAGAAAGAGCUCGAAUCCGACGGCAAGAUUUUUGUUGACCAACCCACCCGUAUGACGCGUAUCGCAUGUGGCUCCGGAACCUCAGUCCGCGAAGUAGAAGAGCUCCUCACACAGCACAGGAUGAUGGCCGGCAUGGCGAAGAAGAUGAAGGGCGGCAUGCAAAACAUGCAGAAGGCGCAGGGCGCGAUGGGUGGAGGCAACCGCGCGCAGCAGAUGGCGGCUAUGCAGAAGAGGAUGGCGAGUAUGGGCGGUGCAGGCGGUGCGCCGGGGGCUGGCGGUGGGAUGCCUGAUCUCGGUGCUAUGAUGAAGAUGCUUGGUGGUGGCGGAAGGGGAGGCGGAGGGAUGCCGGAUAUGGGAGGGAUGGAUAUGGGUGCUAUGAUGAAGAUGCUAGGCGGUGGGGGAGGUAUGCCUGGUAUGCCUGGGACGCCGCCGGGUGGUGGGAGAGGGAGGAGGUGA